AGUGCCCCGUUCCGUCCUUCACGGUCACGUCACGUAGAUUUGGGCGGACCCAGCGCUCUGUGGGGUCCAUGACGACCCUUGUAGAGGAGGAUAAGGGUACUGCCUAAAAACAGACGCUUUUAUUGGACACGUAGUGUUGCUAGGCGCCAGGGGAUGUCCGUAAGAACGCAUCAGCACUGGAACCGAAGCUAACUAUGAACGCUAAAACAUAACGAGGGAGGAAUCUUUAGGGGAGGUGUCGGUAUUAUCCGAGAUGAGGAGAGCAUUGCCGCAGUGAGCAAAUAAUCUCAUCAACGGGCUGUGGAUUUCAUGUCCCUUACAGACAGGUUGACAUUUCUAAGAAGCAGGCGUACUCGGGAUGAAGCUGCUGUCUGGUUGCUUGGUGAAAGUAGAUGUCUGAGAGACCAUUCAUUAAAAUGACAUUUCAAGGGACAGCCGCGCGCUUUAUAGUUUUGUGACGGAUUAAACAACGUGACAGCCUCUGUCAACUACCCAGCAUGCUAUAGGCCUAUGUUAAUGCGAAGUCUGGCAGCCGGUCUUCAAAUGAUGCCGAACUGCGUCAGACUCUAUUGCAGGUGCAUUCAUUCAAGGAGGACCAUGCAAACGGCUGAAAGUCACAGAUGAGUGUCCAGCGAUUCAUUGGUCAUGGAAAACCUGACUGGAUCCGACUCUGAGCAGCAGCCUGUGGGCGUCACAGUUCCUUCUGUCCCCUCAAAAAAGACUGUGAUUUAUGAAAAUGGUCAUGAACAUCCCACUCACACAGACUCCGCAGCUGCUGCACACAGAGGGGCCAGUGAUCCAACUGCAUACCCCCUAUCAGAUUUCAAAAGUCUUGUCCGGCAGAGAUUUAUACGCAGAAGUUUGUGGUUCUCUGAGUCAGAGGAUCCAGAGUUUGAGGUGUCCGAGUGCUACACCACCAGCAGUCCCAUUAAAAAUGCACAUAUUGCGGUCCAGAGGAGCUUUAACGAAGAGAUUCAGGUUGGACAGAGGGACAGUUUAAAUGAGAACUUCACCAAAGAACCAGAGACAAUUGAGGCUGAGGAGAAACAUGAUGCUGAACCAUCUGAAACCCCCAAAAGUGUGGGGAAAGCUGGGAGCGACGAGAACGAGGAAGAGGCCGAAAUGAAGGCCGUAUCCACCUCGCCAGGUGGACGCUUUCUUAAGUUUGAUAUUGAACUUGGCAGAGGGUCGUUUAAAACGGUCUAUAAGGGCCUGGACACUGAGACGUGGGUGGAGGUGGCCUGGUGUGAACUUCAGGAUCGUAAGCUGUCCAAAGCAGAACGUCAGAGGUUUAAAGAGGAGGCAGAGAUGCUAAAAGGUCUUCAGCAUCCAAACAUUGUGCGCUUCUAUGACUUUUGGGAAUCUCCUCUUAAGGGAAAGAAGUGCAUUGUUUUAGUCACUGAACUGAUGACAUCUGGGACACUGAAAACGUAUCUGAAGCGAUUCAAGGUGAUGAAACCAAAAGUUUUACGAAGCUGGUGCAGACAGAUCUUAAAAGGUCUUCACUUUCUCCAUACAAGGACACCUCCCAUCAUCCAUCGAGACCUGAAGUGUGACAACAUCUUCAUCACUGGUCCUACAGGCUCAGUCAAGAUUGGAGAUCUUGGCCUGGCCACUCUAAAGCGAACUUCCUUUGCCAAAAGUGUAAUCGGCACUCCAGAGUUUAUGGCCCCUGAGAUGUAUGAGGAACACUAUGAUGAAGCUGUAGAUGUGUAUGCAUUUGGGAUGUGUAUGCUAGAAAUGGCCACAUCCGAGUAUCCAUACUCAGAGUGUCAAAAUGCAGCUCAAAUCUAUCGCAAAGUUACUAGCGGUGUGAAGCCAGCCAGUUUCAGUAAGGUGGCCGUGCCUGAAAUAAAAGAAAUAAUUGGAGAGUGUAUCCGCCAUCGUUGGGAGGAAAGGUACUCCAUGAAGGACUUACUGAAUCAUGCAUUCUUUGCGGAGGAGACUGGAGUAAGAGUAGAGCUAGCUGAAGAGGAUGACGGCAAGAAGUCUUCCAUUGCUCUAAGGCUUUGGGUUGAAGAACAAAAGAAACUUAAAGGCAAUUAUAAAGACAGUGGUGCUAUCGAGUUUACAUUCGACCUGGAAACAGAAGUCCCAGAAACAGUUGCCCAGGAAAUGGUGGAUUCUGGGUUCUUUUUAGAGAUUGAUGUGAAGAUUGUGGGUAAGUCUAUCCGUGACCGUGUGUCUCUAAUAAAGUGGAGACGGCAGCGGAACGCCUUAGGCCAUAAUGGAAAGACAGAAGAGAGAAGCACCAAGACUGAGACACAGAAUCUCCUUCAGGUGCCCUCCACAAAGCCACCUGUGGGUGGACCACCCAGUCUUCCAUCCGAAAGAGAGGAGCUACAGACCGAAGCAUUCAGCCUGGUCUGUAGUGCGACUACAGCUACACAAGACAGCAGUGCUGUCUCAACGAUGGUAACAGGCACUUUGGGCAACCAAGACAACACCUCUCAGCAAUCCCUCUCUGAGUCCAUUUCCACUGCACAAAGGGUCUUAAGCCCUCCAACACUGCUUCUGGCUCAGUUGCCAGAAAGUUCGCAACAGCUAUCUACUGCACACCUGCCUCUGGGCACUCAACAGCAAUCUGCUCUACAAAUGCCCCAAGGUGUCCCACAACAAACCAUAGGUCAGUUACUCCAUGGGACCCAGCAACAACCUAGUUCUCAGCAACCCCAGCGAGCCCAACAACAGCCUUGUGCUCCCCAACACCAGGCUGCACAAGCACAGGCCCAUGGUUUGGUGCCACAAGCUCCCCAGCAACAACCCACCGUUCAGCUCCACCAGCAAUAUCAGCAGUCAACUCAUCAGCUACAACAAGGGGCUUUUCAGCAAUCUUCGAUACACCUGCAUCAGAGAGCCUACCAGCAAUCACCUCCUUCUGGACAAUUGUUUUCAUCUAAGACCGUCUCUGCUCCAGCUACUCCUGUACCACAUGCUCAUCAACAGAGCAUUCCGUCCCCUGCCCUCAUAGCACAGCAAAACCAGACGACUGUACCACUAGCACAGGAGUUUCAUCUCUAUUUCCAUCCUGAAGCUUUCCUGCCUCAGACAUUAUCAACAUUUCAGCCCCAAGUGCAGGCAUCUUCAGCUGCUCAGACUAUGCCACAGCAUUUGCUACAGUCAGCUUCUACAAUGUUCAGCACCGCGACCCUUUCUCCACAACCACAGCUAAAUGUUCAGACCCCCAUUCUCCAGCCUCUACAAAUUGCUACACAGUUUCCAUCGACAUAUCCUCUUUUGCCAGAAGGGGGCACAUCUGCAGUGACAGAGUCAAUACCUUUCUCCUCAGUCUCUUACUCUUCUCCCUACCCCACAAAUGUUCCUCCUGUAUCUUCACCAUACUACUCACCACGCCCUUUCCCUGCUCCUCUUCCCAUACAACCAAUGCAAAAUGUACCCUGCAUGCUAGGAGCAGGCACACCUGUGUCCACCCCUCUAAAUGUUCCUACCCCUAUACCUCUCCUGGCCAUGGCCCUGUCCCCACCCAUGCUUCCUCCCGGGGAACAUACGCGGCAGAUGUACUCCCCAGUUCCAGCACCAGAAGGUGCCCUUUUCCAAUCUCAACCGCAACCAACACAGCCCUCCCUUCCCCUCCCUAAUCCAGCCUCCCUCCGUCAGCAAGACCCAUCUAUUCCUGAAACUUUUACAGAGGAGUACCCUCGGCAUGAGGAACUACAGAUCCUGGCCCCAGCUCACACCAUAAUGUCGCAGAUCCAGUCUCCCCCACAGGACAGGCAAUCAGACCCAAAGUUUACCCCUGCCCAAGCCCUACAUGAGACUGCGGAGCCUCUUCUACAGUCUGCUGGCAUACAGACAAGAUAUGCUGUUCCUGAGAGUACUGGCAUGCCCAGAACAAUUCAGCAAAUGGCAGACACUGUUUCAAUGCCUAUUCCUCCUGCACCAGAGCCCAGCCCAUUUCAACCCAGCACUGAGGCACCUGUAUCUAUUCCAUUCCAUAGCUAUGUAUGUGACAGCCUUUACCAAGAUGCAGGAUCUGGUAAAGAAAUGAGUGACAGCUAUGAGGGAUCCACUGGUGGUGGAAAGGGUGAUGGCAAACCUAGAAAGCACCACCGCAAAUCCAGUCGCACGCGCUCACGCCAGGAAAAAAUUAACAAGCCAAAGCUAAACAUGCUAAAUGUUAGUGAUACAGGUGACAAGAUGGUGGAAUGCCAGCUGGAGACGCACAAUCAUAAAAUGGUGACUUUCAAAUUUGACCUAGAUGGAGACGCACCUGAAGAAAUAGCCACUUACAUGGUGGAAAAUGGUUUCAUUCUACCGAUUGAAAAGGAAAUUUUUAUAGAUCAACUUAAAGACAUUGUCGACAAGGCAGAGGACAUUCUAAGCGAGGACAUGGACGAACAGAAGAAAUCAGAACCUGGGACAAGUAAUUUGCAAGGACAAAUUCCUAGAGAUCAAGGGGCAGAGGGGGAAAAGGGACUUCAACCUGAGGCCCCCCAGCUAGUUUAUCAGCAAAAUGUUCUACACACGGGUAAGCGGUGGUUCAUCAUCUGCCCUGUGGAAGAGGCUCCUAUUGCCAGUAAGGAUGUAUCCUCAGAUGGAGUUCCAUCUACACAAUCUCCAUCCACAACAACAAUAACUGAUGGGACAGCUCAGCCUGGUGAGAGUGCAUCAGCACAGCCACCAGAACCCAGCACAGGAUCUGCCUCUGUAUCACUGGAUUCAGAAACCUGUGCCACAGCACCUCCAUCUGGAGAAAGUGAUCCCUAUGGGGUCUGGAGCCCCCUCUCUAUGACCACUACUGAUCCUCUUUCUUUGGCUGCUCUUUCCCAAGCUUCCCCUGGCCCACAAGCCACUGCAAUGCCAGUGCAGCCUGCUUCCCAUCCAGAAGAGGGGCCACAGUUGGGCUCAGUCAGUGUACAACAAUCCCAGCCGUGCAUGGAUCCGCAAAGCUCUCUUUUUGUGGAUGAGACCCAGAAUGGCAGAUUAGGCUCAGUUUCCCCCAUGCACACUGCUCAGCAGAUGGCUGAAAUUGCAUGUGCCGUCUUCAUGGUGGAGGAUGUGCCUUGCUGUCCCUUGGUCAUGCCGCUGUCCCUUGAAGUGAGCAGUGGGGCUCAGAAGUCAUCCUCUGUGAUACCACAACCAUCACAAGACACCACGUCUGCUCGGGAACAACUCCACUCCAUUACAUCUGGUCAGGUGGAACGUACCCAGCAGCCUGUGGUACUUCAGCAGCCCGUGUCAAAUGUGAGUGGAACUAAGGCACCUUCCCUGCCUCAAAGCCCCGCUCCUUCACAACACCCCUUUGUCCCUUGUGAAUCAGAUGGAGAGGGGCGUACCAGAGGAGGGUUUGUAGACAGCACUAUCAAAACUCUGGAUGAGAAACUGAGGAAUUUACUGUAUCAAGAGUAUGCUCCCAUGUACCCAUCGGGAAGUGCUGCUGAAACUCCAGGAUCUGGCACGGAGUAUAUCCAGUCACCGCCUGGACCAGAGAGUGCAAUGGGAGGGUCAGGAACCAGCACACCUAGUCUUAUGGGAGAGGGACGAUUCAGAGCAGGAGAGCAGUUGCCACAGAUUCCAGAGCGUGUAGACAGUUUAAGUGCUCUCAGCGACUCUGCGGUUGCAGUCACUGUGCCCAGGAGACCUGUGAUGGCACACUCUACCUCUUGUUCUGGAUCUAGAAGUCGAUAUAAGAUGGUGCCUAGCUCCGCUGAUAUCCUGUCAGGUCAAGGCCGAAAGCAGCGUAGCCUGAGCAGCACAGCUUCUCCAGCACACCCUGGUGGUUUUUUUGGAGAAUGUGCAAUGUAUAAAGAGCCAACUGUUUCAGCUACUACUGUUGGCAGGUUCUCAGUAGUCAGCACAGAAGACGAGGUCACACGCAGGAAGCUCAGCAGCAGAUAUUCCGCCCCACCUGACUUUUAUCUGGACGCCCCACCACCUCUGACCAAACGAGGCUCACUGCCAAGGGCCUCACUCUCAGCAGACGUCACCGUUCAGACCCGUUUCAUGUCUUCUGACUCUGGGGCUGAGAGCAGCCCUGCCAAAAUGGCACCCACAACCCCAUCCCGUCAUGGUAGGACUGAAAGGAGAGGAAGUGACCUCAUGAAAAGAGCAGUGGCUUUCCUGAGGCGCUCCGGUCGCAGUAGUAGUGUGCAAAGCUCUGAUUCGCCAAGCAGAAAAGGAGGGGUGUACGGAUCCUAUGUCAGCAGCGACAAUGACUCAGAGAUGGAGGACUCCGAUAUAAAGGAGCUUCAAAGACUAAGAGAAAAGCAUAUGAAGGAAAUAUCCGAAUUGGAGGCCCACCACCGAGAAGAGAUUGAGCUUCUCUACAUCAGAUUAGGGAAACCACCUCCUCAAGGUCUUUAUAUUCCGCCCACAGUGUUCCCAGCUGGACGCAAGCGCAGGACCAGCAAACACAAACUAAAACCUGGCAAACUGCUCAGUCCUUUAGUACAACAGCUCAGAAAUGUUGCCUCCAAAACUAGUGACAGCAGCAAACUUAAUGAUUUAACCAAAUCAGCUGAGGCUGCCCCUAGCUUGAAUGGGUCUCCUGCCAGGGCUUCCAACGUGUCUGAUGGCAAGGCUUAUUCUGAGGCAGGGACUCUUCCUUGUUCCGUGUCUGUUCCGGUUCAGACCCAACAGCCCUGCUCUCUCAAAGGAUCUCUCUCCUCCGACAAUAUCUACUAUGGUCUCCAGGGAGAAGGACCUGUGCCAUGCCGCCAGCCCGGCCAAGGCUGGCCUCCUUCUCCUCAGGCAUCUGCACAGGUCACCUAUAAAUCCAGUAGUAAACCACGCGCUAGAAUCUUCAGUGGGCCUAUUUCUCUGUCCAUCUGGUCAACACUUAAACGCCUGUGUCUGGGUAAAGAACGUGGCAGCAGAUCUGGAACACCGUCUGCUGCCUCCAAUCAGUCCCCAAUGCCUCCUGGAUCCACUCCACCUCCUCACCAGCCAACUGGUCUCGCCCAAGCACAGACUAACAACAGCAACAACAAGACAGAUGCUUUCACACAACAGCUUCAUAGACUGGUGGAUAACUGGGCAGAAGGGGUGAGGGCUCCUUCACGCGCAUGCUCACGCUCAUGCUCCCUCAAUCUAAGACCACAGCAACUAUCCAGAUCCAGGAUCUGGAGCGCUAUAGAGGCUCCAGGUUCAAUAGAAAGACUGAAUGCUUCCCAGCUGCCUCUUUCAUGGCCACAGAUUGAUUUCCAUGCCUCUGCAAUGGCGACUGACCCUUCACAAGUACUCCAGCGCAGUUUCAUGGUGCCUGGUAACCCUUACAGAAAGAUGCUAACUGCUCCACACUUAGACAUGGACCACUGGCCGGCAAUGACUGCCACUCAUAACCAAGAAGUCUUUGCUUUCUCUGUUGUGCGCUCACCCUCAUGGACAGCACCUUCUUCCCCCAGUGAGGUUCCAAGUUCUAGAAAUAGGACCAUGUAGCUUAACCAUCACUGUACUUACAGUUCUUACUCUGUCGCCAAAAAUACUUUAGUUUCUUUAGAGUGCUGGUUAGGCCUAUCAGUGUGCAAUUCUGUUGCAGUCUGCUAGCAUGUAGUUGCUUACAAUGCGGUAAUCCUACACAAACAUGUAAAUAUACAGUCCAACAACGUAGUCAUAUAAUGUAGGCAGUUUACAUUCGGUAUUAUUGUACAUAUUCAUAUAGCCUAUGUAGAAUAACAAAAUUUUAGCAUAAGCAUAUGUACAGAAUAUAUAUUUUUCAUCAAAACCUAUUUAGCUUGCUUGUGUUUGUGCAGAAUCAACUUCCUUUACACCUUGAGCUGUACACUUGUGUAAAUGCUUUAUGGUACAGUAAUAUGCCCUUAAAUCUGUGUAGAUCUGUAUAGACACUGUUUAUACUUCUGUAAAUAUUAGCUUUGUCUGCAUAUGUGCAUAAACUGGACAAAGUGAAUGAAAGACUGAGGUGUAGGUUAGUCAGUGUUUUGGGGGUGAAUAGUAUCACAUCACAGUUGGAUGAAAACACUGGAGUGGUCAUGGUUAUGACAUCAUUGUGAAUGUUUCACAGCGUCCUGCAGUGAUCACUAAUCACUAGGUCCAAAACACAUAAUCGCAUGCUAGAAAGUUAACAACCACAAAUUGCACUGAGAAAUGAGAAUACUUUAACAGACUGAACAUUUUAGGUGAACAAGCCUGCAAGAGUGCCUUGAACAGCAACUUAGGACUGUGCUAUGUACAUUACCAGCCAAUGUACAGAGGGUAAUGGUGACUGCUAUUAAUUUUCUGUUACCCAGCAUAAUAUAACUAAAUUCAUGUUUCCCCACCGGCAGUUAAUUAUGUCCGUUAUGGAGGUUUAUAAAAUACAUUUCAAAAUUACCUAUUCAUGGUAUAACUCAGUUACGAGUUUGUUUGCAGUAAUCAAGUCAUUUUCUGUCAUCUAAUACAGUAAAAAAAAAAAAAAAAAAAAAACACCACAGCGAUCUACUACAACAAAAAGAGCAAUAUUUGUUUAUCAAAAGUGUUAUAACCCUCAAGUUAUUUUUUGAAGUCUAAAAGAAAAAAAAAAGAUCUCUGCUGGUGCAGUCAUGUUUGCAGUUACAGCACAGUCUCAUAGCACAAUGCCAUCAUUUAGAUCUCAGUGCUACUGUUUUCAUUAAUAAUAAUAAUAAUGGAGUUUCCUGGUGGAGCUCCAGUGGUUUCAUACAGUGUUGACAGACUGAUUCUUUGCAAAAUAUAUUCAUGAAACACCAUGUCUACCCUAAACUAACUAACAUCUAUAUUUGACUUUCAAAAUAUAGUAAUGAGUGGAAGGCAAACAUCUGUAGAUGUUCUAUAUAUAUAUAUAUAUAUAUAGCAGUAGACCUUAGUGAGAUUAGAUCUAACCUUGCGCUAAGCAGAGGUGUAGACAGGUCAUUGUUUUUUUCUCGUGGUAAACGGUGCUAUAAUGUAUGAGAGUCUUUACAACUCUUAUGAUACAGCAAAUCGUUUUUCAAUUUAUUAUCUAUUAUUUUUGUAUUUCAUGAAUGCAACAGUUAUCUUAAGAUUAAUCAGAAAUAUUGAAAUAAAAUGAAAUGGGCCAAUGAUAUUUGCGUCAUGAAACAUUAUGAUGAAAUUUCAUUUAGGUACUGUUUUUCUGCAUUAUUGCACUAUGCCAGUGCUUGUAUUAUGACACUGCUAAGCUUGUUUACAUUCUGUACUGCUACAUAGACCUAAAUAUAAGGUGGCCUAUCUCAAAUCUGAGCCAUUUUACUUGACGUUUAUGUUCAAAAAAGUUAAUUACACUCUUUACAAUCUUCAAAAGAAAUGCAUUUUGUUACACAUUUGCAGAAAUGUCUGCCUUGUACAAACACAUGAACAAUAGCCAAUGUGACACUGAUGUUAAAAUUCAUAUCAUGAUAAAAAGUAUUGCAGAACUUUUCCAUACCACUAUUUCAAAAUAUUAAAGGUAAAUUCAGCAUUUGCA